AUGGAUGAGAUGUUUGAUGUGUUCGAGGGCAAGGUGGAGGCCCCGAGCGCGAGCGAAGACGAGAAUGUGUCCCAGAAGAAUCGCAAGGGCGACAAGACGAAAAAGAGAAAGGCCAACGCGAUAAAUGGCGAGAACGGCAACGCGGCAAAGACGGAAGAUGUCGACAUGGACAAGGGCGACAACACCGAGACGUCCAAGGACGAGGACUCUUCCGACGACGAGUCUUCUUCGGAGAGCGCCAGCCAGCAGGAUACCAAGCGGAGGAAGAAGGAGGAGGGUGUUGGUCCCGUCAUGACAGAUACUUUCGAGACUGCCCAGUCAAGAGAGGUCGCCGCCGCGGCCACCUUCACAGAGCAAGACUCAGCUCUUGUCUUGUCGCAUAACAUUCAGCAUCAGGUUGCCCUGCCUCCGGAUCUAGACUACGAAUACGUCCCUCUUUCUGAGCACAAGGCCCCCGAGCAGCCGGCGCGAACGUGGAAUUUCAAGCUCGAUCCCUUCCAGAGUCUUUCCGUUGCGUCGAUUGAGCGAGAGGAGAGUGUCCUCGUUUCCGCGCAUACUUCUGCCGGAAAGACCGUUGUGGCCGAGUAUGCUGUCGCACAGUGUCUCAAGCGUAACCAGAGGGUUAUUUACACAAGUCCCAUCAAAGCUUUGAGUAACCAAAAGUACCGAGAUUUCGAGGCCAUUUUCGGAGAUGUUGGUCUCAUGACUGGAGAUGUUACUAUCAACCCUACAGCCAGUUGUUUGGUCAUGACGACUGAGAUUCUGCGAUCUAUGUUGUAUCGAGGUUCCGAGAUCAUGCGAGAAGUCGCUUGGGUUGUGUUUGACGAGAUUCACUACAUGCGAGACAAGAUAAGAGGUGUCGUCUGGGAGGAGACCAUUAUCAUGCUUCCCGACAAGGUCCGAUAUGUCUUUCUCUCCGCCACCAUCCCCAACGCUUUCCAGUUUGCCGAGUGGAUUGCCAAGAUCCAUCACCAGGCCUGUCACGUCGUCUACACCGAUUUCCGACCGACACCUCUUCAGAACUACUUCUUCCCCGCCGGUGGUACUGGCGCUAGACUCAUCGUCGAUGAGAAGAGCAACUUCAACGAGCAGAACUUCAACAAGGUUAUGCAAGAAGUUGAAGAGAGGAAGGGCGCCGACCCCAACGAUCCCACCGCUCGACAGAAAGGAAAGGGAAAGAACAAGAAGACUAACAAGGGAGGUGCUGAUAACGGAUCGGAUAUUGCCAAGAUUAUUCGAAUGACCAUCAAGAAGAAGUUCAACCCCGUUAUCGUCUUCAACUUCAGCAAGCGAGAGUGUGAGGACCUAGCCAUGAACAUUUCUUCGCUCAGCUUCAACGACGAUUCUGAGAAGGCCAUGGUCCGCAAGGUCUUCAGCAGCGCCAUCGAGAGCUUGUCAGAGCAGGACAGGGAACUUCCCCAAAUCAUCAACUUGCUGCCUCUACUGGAGAGAGGUAUUGGCGUGCAUCACUCUGGUCUGCUGCCCAUUCUCAAGGAAACAAUUGAGAUUCUCUUCCAAGAGUCUCUCAUCAAGGUUCUCUUUGCUACUGAGACUUUCUCCAUCGGUCUGAACAUGCCUGCCAAGACUGUUGUUUUCACUCAAGUUACAAAGUGGGAUGGUGUCAAGAGACGUCCUCUCACCUCAUCCGAGUACAUUCAGAUGGCUGGACGUGCUGGACGUCGUGGUCUCGAUGCCCGUGGUAUUGUUAUCAUGAUGAUUGACGAUAAGCUUGAGCCUGAUACGGCUAAGGAGAUUGUUACUGGACACCAAGAUCGACUUAACUCGGCUUUCUACCUCGGCUACAACAUGAUUCUGAACCUUCUCCGUAUCGAAGCCAUUUCGCCCGAGUUUAUGCUUGAGCGAUGUUUCCAUCAGUUCCAGAACGCGGCUAGCGUCCCGUCUUUGGAGAAGGAGUUGAUGUCAUUACAACAGGAGCGCGACAGCACUAGCAUUGCCGACGAGUCUACGGUCAAGGAUUACUACCAAAUUCGACAACAACUCAGCGCUUACACCAAGGAUAUGCGAACUGUCAUCCAGCAUCCUAACUACAGCAUUUCUUACCUCCAACCAGGCCGCCUGGUUCAAAUCUACAACCCCAAGGACGAGAACGAGACUAUUACAGGAAACGGUACGGACUUUGGCUGGGGUGUUAUUGUCAACCAAACUCCUCGUCGCGCCCCCAAGCUGAACGAGCCUGAGUAUAUUCCCCAGGAAGCCCACGUCAUCGAUGUUCUUCUUCCUAUCUCAAGGUCAAGUGCCGAUUUCUUCCCCGGCCACCCCGCGGAGGAGAUGCCUCCUGGCCUCAAGCCCUUCAGCGACGAUGAUGACAUCAAAUUUGCAAUUGUACCUUGCCUUUUGACUUGCAUCAAGGCGAUCAGCCAGAUCCGACUCUUCCUGCCCAAGGAGGGCUUGAAGUCAGAAGGUGACAAGGAGACGCUGACCAAGUCUCUUAUGGAGGUUAAGCGCCGUUUCCCUGAUGGUCUGCCUGUUUUGGACCCCAUUGAGAACAUGGAGAUUACAGACGACUCUUUCAAGAAGCUUCUACGAAAGAUUGAAGUCCUUGAGUCCCGACUUCUGGCCAACCCCCUGCAUCUCUCCCCUCUUCUCCCUUCACUAUGGGAUCAGUACCACGCCAAGGUCAAGCUCACUGAGAAGGUCAAGGAGACAAAGAAGUCUAUUGCCAAGGCCUACAGCAUCGCCCAAAUGGAUGAGCUCAAGUCCCGCAAGCGUGUUCUGCGUCGUCUCGGCUUCAUCAACGAUGCCGAAGUUGUUCAGCUCAAGGCGCGUGUCGCCUGCGAGAUUUCCUCCACCGAAGGCCAUGAGCUGGUUCUUUCUGAGCUACUGUUCGACCGGUUCUUCAACGAGCUAAGCCCUGAGAUGUGCGCCGCUGUCGUGAGUUGCUUCAUCUUUGACGAGAAGGUUGAGACCACUGCGCUGAAGGAGGAGCUGUCAAAGCCCUACCGUGAGAUCCAGGCCAAGGCCAGAAUCAUCGCCAAGGUCAGCCAGGAGUGCAAACUUGAUGUCAACGAGGAGGAGUACGCGCAGAAGCUCAAGUGGCAGCUGAUGGAGACGGUCUACGCAUGGGCUCACGGACGUCCCUUUAUUGAGAUUUGUAAAAUGACAAAGGUCUAUGAAGGUUCAUUGAUCCGUCUCUUCCGUCGUCUGGAAGAACUCCUGCGACAGUUGGGACAGGCCGCUAACGUCAUGGGCAACGAGGAGUUGACCAAGAAGUUCGAGGAGAGUCUGUCCAAGAUCCGCAGGGACAUUGUGGCCGCCCAGAGUCUGUACCUAUAA